CCAAUGGACCACAAUGGGCUGGCAGACCCCUAUGUCAAGCUGCACCUGCUGCCAGGAGCCAGUAAGGCAAAUAAGCUCAGAACAAAAACUCUCCGUAACACUCUGAACCCCACAUGGAACGAGACCCUCACUUACUACGGGAUCACAGAUGAAGACAUGAUCCGCAAGACCCUGCGGAUCUCUGUGUGUGACGAGGACAAAUUCCGGCACAAUGAGUUCAUCAGGGAGACACGUGUGCCCCUGAAGAAGCUGAAACCCAACCACACCAAGACCUUCAGCAUCUGCCUGGAGAAGCCGCUGCCGGUGGACAAGACCGAAGACAAGUCCCUGGAGGAGCGGGGCCGCAUCCUCAUCUCCCUCAAGUACAGCUCGCAGAAGCAGGGCCUGCUGGUAGGCGUCGUGCAGUGCACCCACCUGGCCGCCAUGGACGCCAAUGGCUACUCGGACCCCUACGUGAAAACGGGCUUGUGAAGGCAGGGCACGCAGGACCCUUCUGUCCCUGCUCCUCACCCGUCACCAAACAGGCCAAGGACAGUUCACAGCAGACACAAUACCAAUACGUAGAGAAAUGGCCAAGGAGCAUAGUAAGUAACUAAGGAAAUCCGCUGUUUCCGGGUGGCGGGCUUAGGGGAAUCCCCCCAAACUUUUUUUAAAUCAGGUUUAUUGAGGUACAGGUUGAGCGUCCCAAAGCUGUAAAUCCAAAACCCCAAACAUUCCAAGCACCGACAUGACGCUCAAAGGGAAUGCUCAUUGGCGCGUUUGGGAUUUCAGAUUUUUGAAUUUUUGAGUUAGGGAUGCUGAACUGGUAAAUAUACUGCAAAGAUUAUGAAAUAUGAAAAAAUCCAAAAUUCAAAACAUCUGGUCCAAGCAUUUCAGAUAAUGGAUCCUCAACCUGUAUCAUUCAUAUCCAGUGAGUUUUUCUUUUCUUUUCUUUUUUUAGAGACAGGGUCUUGCUCUGUUGUCCAGGCCAAAGUGCAGUGGCGCAAUCAUAGCUCAUUGCAGCCUUGAACUCCUGGGCUCAAGCAUCUUCCCACCUCAGCACUGUGAAUAGCUGGGACUACAGGCAUGCACCACCAUGCCCAGCUAAUUUUUAAUUUUUUGGUAGAGAUGGGGUCUCGCUGUAUCACCCAGGCUAGUAUAGUCUUGUUUCCACCACCAGAAUCAACAUAGAGAAUAUGACCCCAGAAAGUUCCCUGGCCCCAGGCAACCACUCACCUGUUUUCUGUCUCAAUAGUGUUGCGGUUUCCAGACUUUCCCAUGAAACAGUCAGAUAGUGUGUUGCCCUGUGAGUCCGGCUUCUUUCACACGGAGGAAUGCGUUUGAGAUUCAUCUGUCAGUUGCAUGUACCAAGAGUUUGGUCCUUUUUGUUGC